AUGAAGCAGAGAUAUUCUUCUUUGGAUGUUCAGGUAAUAUCUAAAGAGCUCGCCUCUGAGCUAGUCGGCCUGCGUGUCUCGAACAUCUAUGACCUGUCAUCGAGAAUCUUCCUAUUCAAAGUCGCUAAACCCGACCACCGCAAACAACUCAUCGUCGACUCGGGCUUCCGAUGCCAUGUGACUCAAUACUCGCGAGCAACGGCAGCAACACCUUCUCCCUUCGUUAGCCGUCUGCGAAAAUGCCUUAAGUCUCGCCGCAUUACAUCCGUGAAUCAGAUCGGGACAGACCGUAUCAUUGACUUCAGUUUCAGCGAUGGCAUGUACCACAUGUUGCUGGAGUUCUUCGCAAGCGGGAACGUCAUUAUAACCGACAAGGAUUACACCAUUAUCGCCCUUUUGCGCCAGGUAUCUGGCAAUGAGGGACUAGAGGAAGCUAAAGUCGGACUGAAGUACACGGUUACAAACAAGCAGAAUUACAACGGGGUGCCGGAGGUCACGCGAGACCGCAUCAGGGAGACAUUGGAGAAGGCACAGAAAACUUUUGCGCAGGAGGAUGGCGCGCCAAAGAAGUCGAAAAAGAAGAAUGUCGAUGUCUUGCGCAAGGCUCUUUCGCAGGGCUUUCCGGAGUACCCGCCGCUUCUACUAGAUCACGCCUUUGCGACGAGGGGCGCUGACCCUGCGACACCGUUGGAUCAAGUACUUGGUGACGAAAGCCAACUGGAUAUGGUCUGGGGUGUGUUGGAGGUAGCCCAAAGCGUGUCUGCCGAUUUGUCCGCGGACAAGGAACAUCCUGGAUUUAUCGUUGCGAAGGAAGAUACCCGUCCAAAGGCACCUGAGCCGGAUUCCGAGAAGGAUGCUUCGUCUUCGAAACCUGACCUGCUCUACGAGGAUUUCCACCCAUUCAAGCCAAGACAAUUUGAAGUAAAGGAGGGCUUCACGAUCUUAGAGUACCCAUCUAUGAACGCAACGGUGGACGAAUACUUUUCAUCUAUCGAGUCCCAGAAAUUGGAAUCGCGGCUGACGGACCGGGAAAGCGCCGCGAAAAAGAAGCUCGAUUCGCUAAGACAGGAGCAUGAGAAGCGGCUUGGGGCUCUUGAAGAAGCUCAGGAAUUACACAUCCGGAAGGCAAGUGCCAUUCAGGACAAUGUGUAUCGUGUGCAAGAGGCAAUGGAUGCCGUCAACGGAUUGAUUGCUCAAGGCAUGGACUGGGUGGAAAUUGCACGCUUGAUUGAAAUGGAACAAAGCAGGGGAAAUCCUGUUGCGAGGAUCGUCAAGUUGCCACUAAAACUACACGAGAACACUAUCACGCUUCUACUAAGGGAAGUCGGAGGAGACGAGGCAGACGAGGAGGAGCUGUUCUCAAGCGACGAAUCUGAAGAAGAAUCCGAAGAGGAUGAAGAAGAGGCAGCAGCGGCAACCUCUCAGAGAAACUCCCAAGCCCUGACAAUAGAUAUCGAUCUUGGUCUUACACCCUGGGCAAAUGCGACCCAAUACUACGAUCAGAAGAGGUCCGCUGCUGUCAAGGCCGAGCGAACAACACAGUCUUCGACAAAGGCAUUGAAAAGUCACGAAAAGAAAGUCAAGGACGACCUAAAGAAAAACCUAAAGCAGGAGAAGCAGGUCCUAAGACCCGCCAGGAAGCCUUUCUGGUUUGAGAAAUUCAUCUUUUUCAUCUCCUCCGAAGGGUAUUUGGUGCUAGGGGGUCGUGACGGAAUGCAAAGCGAGAUGCUUUACCGCCGCUAUCUACGAAAAGGAGAUAUUUUCGUGCAUGCGGACCUCGAAGGGGCAACGCCAAUAAUCGUCAAGAACAGACCUGGAGCGCCCAGUGACUCCAUAUCACCUACGACUCUAUCCCAGGCGGGUAAUCUCAGUGUUGCAACGUCGACCGCGUGGGAUUCGAAAGCAGUCAUGUCUGCCUUCUGGGUUACUGCGGACCAGGUAUCUAAGACUGCUGAAGCAGGCGGUGGUCUUCUUCCAGUCGGCGAAUUCCGCGUCAAGGGGGAGAAGAACUUCCUUGCCCCUUCACAGCUUGUCCUGGGCUUUUCUGUGAUGUGGCAGGUUAGCAAGGAGAGUCUAGUAAAUCACAAAAGCUUCAGAACUGAGGAGGUCCCAGCUGUUGACCAAGGUCAAGUGAAAGAGGAACAAGCAGUCGAAAGAGCUGAGAGUCAGGAAGAGAACAAGACUGCGGUUAAACAAGACGACGCACACAAUCCUGGGUCGGUUGAACAAGAGCAACCGGAAGAAACGGAAGAUCAUGUUGAGCCAAAUGAAGAGGAUGCCCCAGCGGACGAACAGUCUGUGGCGGAUGGCUCCGAAAGUGUAACAACCUCACAAACCCAAGGCAAGAGACAUCUUUCUGCGAGAGAAAGGCGCCUACUCCGAAAAGGAAAGCCUCUUGAUACAGAAACCCCAAAUCCCGAAGAAGCAAGUGGACAAUCAACGCCAGCAACCAACGGAACGUCCACUAAGUCUGACGCAAAACCAGCGCCCGCUCCCGCUCGGGGCCGAAAAGGAAAGGCGAAGAAAGCAGCAUCGAAGUACGCGGAUCAGGACGAGGAAGAAAGAGCGCUUGCCCUUCGUCUCUUGGGCGCAAACAGCGCUAAAGCGCAGAAAGCUGCAGCCGAAGCCGAAGCAAAGGCGAAACGGGAAAAGGAAGCCGAGGAGGCGAAGAAACGCCGCAAGGCCCAACAUGAACGCGCUGCUCAGGCAGAAAGAAAGAGACAGGCCCUAUUUGAAGAGGGAGCAACCGAUGACUACGAUGAAGAAACCGCUGCUGCUGAAGCUGCGGAUCUUGAGUGGCUACCCGCCCUAGUUGGCACACCUCAACCAGAGGAUGAGAUUUUGGCGGCCAUCCCGGUUUGCGCACCUUGGUCAUCUCUUGGGCGAUACAAGUACAAGAUUAAGCUACAGCCAGGUGCAGUGAAAAAAGGAAAGGCCGUCAAAGAGAUCCUGGGGCGAUGGGUGUCCGAGACAACAACGGGGAAAGUGAAGAAAGAGCACGCCGAGGAUGCAGGGAUCAGUCGAGGUGCUGCAGAGAAACUCCGAGCCCGAGAAGGGGAGCUUCUCAAAGGAUGGAAGGACACUGAAAUCAUCAACACUGUGCCAGUCAGUAAAGUAAGAAUCAUGGUUGCGGCGGGUGGUGGUGGCGGCGACAAAGGCAAGGGAAAGGGUGGCAGCAAUAACAAGGGGGCCAGUAGCAAAGGAGGCAAAGUAUGGUCAAUCUGCACACCUUCCUUCGUCGCCUUUACCAGGCCUGUUACAACCACCGCGACAGCCAACAUGACGCCGAAAGACUCGACGCGGAUCGCCUCGGUGGUGCGCUUGAACAAAGAUGGACCCGGGAACCGAUCACUUGCAGAAUGGUGGGCGAAUGAACAGAGCCAAAAUACCCCGGAGGCGACGGCGAUUUCAGAAGCCGCGCAGCUUCUACGGACGAGCGAUGUCCCCGUCGCCUUCCCUACCGAAACAGUAUACGGUCUAGGCGCUGAUGCCACGCGGAGCGCUGCGGUACUGGGCAUAUACAAAGCGAAGCAGAGACCGUCUGAUAACCCUCUAAUUAUCCAUGUCGACUCUCUGGGCAUGUUAGACAAACUCCUCAACCCAACUCCCAAAUCUCCAUGUGGCACGAAGACCGCCCACAGCUCUAUUCCUUCUAUCUACGGGCCGUUAAUUGAGCGAUUUUGGCCUGGUCCUCUUACAAUUCUACUUCCGAACCCGUCCGGCUCGUGUCUUGCGCCGCAGGUUACAUCGAAUCUUACAACAUUCGGCGCGCGCAUGCCGUCCUCUCCCCUCGCUAGGUUGUUGAUACAUGUUGCGGAUCGCCCGUUGGCUGCUCCUUCAGCGAAUGCGUCUACAAAGCCGUCGCCAACGGCGGCAGAACAUGUGUUCCAUGACCUUAACGGUCGGAUUGAGUUGAUUCUCGACGGCGGGCCCUGCGGUGUGGGCGUUGAGAGUACGGUGGUUGACGGAUUAUCCGAUCCUCCCAGCAUCCUCAGACCCGGCGGGGUAGGAAUUGAAGAACUACGGGAAUGUCCUGGGUGGGAAAAUGUACAACUUGGAUACCAAGACGGCACAUUAGACGUGAAAGAGGUUCCUCGUGCGCCGGGGAUGAAGUACCGGCACUACUCGCCUAAAGCCCGAGUGGUCCUUUUCGAAGCCGGUUCAAAUGCGCAAGGCGUUCUGGACCACGUGAAGCACGAUCUCGAGGAUACAGCCGUUGGCGCACAUUCAAUUGGUAUUGUGCGAACGCGCAGGUGGAAGCGAGGCUUACAGCUCUUACCUGAAGAGGAUAUCGAGAAGACGUCGAAAGCUAUCCCGUCACUAGUCGAUAAUUUGGCGAAGUUUUCUGUGUCCGUUGGAGGGGGAACGAAGGAGGUUUUCGACUGUCAUUUAGGGUCUGAUCUUGAAGGUGUUGCUAGGGGAUUGUUCGCAGCUCUACGGGCGAUGGAUGAAAAAGAAGUAGAUGUAAUUUAUGUUGAGGGCGUGUCAGAUGAGGAACAUUUGGCUGCGGCGGUGAUGAAUCGGCUGCGAAAGGCGGCUGGUUCAACCUUUAAGGUGUAG